UGGGAGUCCUCUGCUCCAGCCUCUCUCCCUUUGUAGCGCCUUACCCAGCAGAGCAGAGCCAGACCUGCAGCCUCCACAGCGGGCCCCCAUGGCCUGGGAGCCCCGUGACACACCCCACUGCAGAGAGCAUGUGAUUCUGGUUGUCACACUGGCCCCUUCCAGAAAGUGACGGGCCCCCUGGCUACUCUCCCACCUGGCGGGGGUGCCUCAUUGCCCAGCGGUUGGAGGCAAAGACCACCACUGUCCCCAGGCAGGGCCCCGGGGUCAGAAGCUCGGAGGCAGGCUGGCUGGGCACAUUCCAGGACCAGCCAUCCCGUGGCCCCAGCAGAACCGCAGAACCAGUCAGCGCUAGUGUUUGCUCUAUGGGGCCGGAGGACAGGGCCAAGGGCCAUGGCUGUGGCCCAGAACUGAGCUGCUCAGCAGUUGGCAAUGGCCGAAUGUGGGGGCACUGUGGACCCCACUCUCUGUGUGGCCACAUCGGUGGCCAGGGUGCCGGCAGUGCCCUGCCCCGGGGAGGCUGGGAUCACGUGGAUGGGCAAAUCCUGGGCCAGCUGCGCCCCCUGGCAGAGGAGGAGGGGGCCGCCCCACCUGCGAGGCCUGCCUUCCCUGGGAUGGGCUCGGAGGAGCUGCGGCUGGCUUCAUUCUACGACUGGCCACCGACCGCCGUGGUUCAGCCAGAGCUGCUGGCUGCUGCCGGCUUCUUCCACACCGGCCGGCAGGACCAGGUGAGGUGUUUCUUCUGCUGCGGAGGCCUGCAGAGCUGGGAGCGAGGGGAUGAGCCCUGGACUGAGCAUGCCAGGUGGUUCCCCAGGUGUGAGUUCCUGCUCCAAACAAAAGGAAGGGAGUUUGUCCGCAGAGUCCGGGAGGCCCGCGUCCACCUGCUCGACUCCUGGGACCAAUCAGAGGAACCAGAGGAUGCAGCCACCACCUCUCCCUCAGCUCCUGUCCACCCAUGUCCAGAGCUGCCCACAGCCAGCAGACAGACCCAGCUGGAAGGUGCCAGGGAGCCAGGUGGAAUCAAGGCCCCAAAGGUGCCCCCGGGUCCUCGAGCCCCCAGAGCCCAGGACGCAGAGGAGCAGCUGCAGCGCCUGCGGGAGGAGCGGACCUGCAAGGUGUGUCUGGACCGGGCUGUGCAGGUGGUUUUUGUGCCCUGUGGCCACAUGGUCUGCACUGAGUGUGCACCCGCCCUGGAGCUGUGCCCUGUCUGCAGGGCCCCCAUCCACAGCUGCGUGCGCACCUUCCUCUCCUGAGCCAGGUGCUGCGGACACUCCGUGAGGGGGGUGGGGGUGACCAGUUUGGAUGCUUUCCAAGAUUCACAAUAAAGUGGUGGGUUUCCUCCGA